GCCAUCCUUGCCGAUCCAUAGAAUGGCACCUACAUGUUUUUCAUCCUUCUACGAACGAUGCAAAAAAUGCCACUUUUGCCCCACGUGGCAAGACAACGCAUCGAGCCAGCGUGGAUUAAGCAUGCUAAAUGACUGUGAUACCCCUGCUUUUGCUCACAUUAGCUAUCCCUUUACAUCUCUCCUGCCACUGUCGUGCGGGUUAUCUUCAACCUCUCUCUACAGCCUCACGUGCGUCCGCCGCUGCUGCGCUCCAGCACGGCCCCCGCGCGCCCUCACCCGCUGCGCUCCGGCCAGCCCCACGCAUCCUCGCCCGCCGCGCUCCGGUCGGCCCCCGCGCGUCCGCGUCCGCUGCCGUCACCGCCCUCCAGCCUGGCCCCCCGCGCGCUGUCUCCACUGCCCGCCGCCCACCUGCAGGCCUCGCUCCUCCCGCUGCCGGCCUCGGUUCUCAACCGCACGCGAGUGGAUCUUGGGUCCAUUUUUUUUUCUUCCCCUGCAACUUUUGAUUGGACGGACGCAUAUUCAUCCAAAGCAAGCUGAAUAAAUUACAAGAACAUGGCCAAAUCCGUAGAAGAUGCUAGCAGCAGUACAUCGUGUAGGAGCACGCCGACGGCAUCAACAUCCACAGCUUGCAUUAGGCGGCUGCCUUGAGUUUUCUGCUGGCGGCUCUCAGCCCUGCUCGCGGGACUUACUGUCCUCAACUGCGAGGCCAGCGUGACGCUCCACACCAUGGCCGAGGUUGCCUCGGAGUCUGGCGCCGUAAGGUCUCCGGCGCCGGUGAUCUCCCUACCUCACCGACGAGAACCGACAUGGGGAUUGAGCGAAUGGGGGAGUUUUGCUGUUGGGGUUGGGACUAGUCUUUGUGGCUGGAGGUAGAUGACAGGUGGGUCCCACUGUCAGGGAGACGAGGAGAGGGGAUGAGAAGGGGAAACCAGUGCUGCGCAGAUAAAGGCAGGGACACCGUGGUCAUUGGCAUCGCUCAUCCACGCUGGCUUGAUGACUUGGCUCGCCACAUCAGCGAAAGUGACAAUUACGUUGCUUCGUUCAUAUACGGUCGAAUGGUAAAUAUGUAAUUAGAGAAGUGACGCUGGUAAGAAUAGCAAAUAGUUAAAUAUCGGGAGCAAUCCCUUACCACGUUUUGAAGGGCCCACUUCCCAUCGCGCAUCAUCAAAGCCCUAAAUCCCUUUUCUCACUUCUCGCGCCGCCACCAUGUCGCCGCCGCCGCCGCAGCUGCCACACCCGGUGCCCCGCGAGACGGUGGCCGGCGCCGUCGCCUCCCUGACCAAGUGGAUGAAGAAGCGCGCCGCGGAGGGAACCCCGAAUCUCCUCGCCGACGAGCGCGACGACCUCGUCGUCCUCCAGCUCUCCCUCCGCCGCGUCCCCGCGUCGCCCACGACCAGGCCACGCCUGCUCCCGCUGCCGCACCCCGUCGUCGCGCACGACGGCGCCUCCGUCUGCUUCAUAUCCGACGACCGCCCCAACUCGCGGUCCCCGUCCGCCUCCGGCCUCCUCGAUGCGUCCAAGUCGCUCCACCGCCUCCCCGUCUCAGAGGUCAUCCCGCUCUCCACGCUCCGCACAGAUUACCGCCCGUACGAGUCGCGGCGCCGCCUCGCGGCCUCCCACGACCUCUUCAUCGCCGACCGCGCCAUCCUCCCGCUGCUGCCGCGCGUUCUCGGGAAGGCUUUCUACUCCACCAAGAAGGCUCCGAUCGGAGUCGAUUUCACCCGCGUCGGGUGGCCGGAGCAGGUCCGCAAGGUGCUCGGCUCCGCUUUUCUGUACCUGCGGUCAGGGACCUGCUCGGGGAUCAAGGUGGGGAGGCUGGACAUGGAGGAAGAGGAGAUCGUGGAGAAUGUGAUGGCCGCAGUGGUGGCGGCUAAGAGAGCCGCGAACCGGCUGGUGGUAGAGGAGGCCACCACCGACGAAAACUCCGUCUGCAACCUCCACCCUGCAACCAUGGAGGAGCUCUCCAUCUUCUCCGGCGACAUCAUCCUGCUCAAGGGGAAGCGCCGCCGCGACACGAUCUGCAUGGCCGUGCCGGACGAGGAGUGCGGCGAGAACAAGAUUAGGAUCAACAAGGUGGUCCGCUCCAACCUCCGGGUGCGCCUCGCCGACGUCGUGUCCGUGCACCAGUGCCAUGACGCCAGGUACGGGGCGGCCGUCCACGUCCUCCCCCUCGACGAUACCGUCGAGGGCAUCACGGGGGACCUCGUCCAGGCCUACCUCAAGCCCUACUUCGACGACGCGUACCGCCCCGUCCGCAAGGGCGACCUCUUCCUCGUGCGCGGCGGCAUGAGGAGCGUCGACUUUAAGGUCGUCGACAUCAAGCCCGCCGCCGAGUACUGCAUCGUCGCGAACAACACCGAGAUCGUCUGCGAGGGCGAGCCCGUCAAGCGCGAGGACGAGGAGAGGCUCGACGACGUCGGCUACGAUGACGUCGGCGGGAUGCGGAAGCAGCUGGCGCAGAUCAGGGAGCUGGUCGAGCUGCCACUUCGUCACCCGCAGCUGUUCAAGUCGAUCGGCGUCAAGCCUCCCAAGGGCAUCCUUCUCUACGGCCCGCCCGGCUCCGGCAAGACCUUGAUCGCCCGUGUGGUGGCGAACGAGACCGGGGCCUUCUUCUUCUGCAUAAACGGUCCCGAGAUCAUGUCCAAGAUGGCCGGCGAGAGCGAGAGCAACCUCAGGAAGGCGUUCGAGGAGGCCGAGAAGAACGCUCCGUCCAUCGUCUUCAUCGACGAGAUCGACUCCAUCGCGCCCAACAGGGACAAGACCCACGGCGAGGUCGAGAGACGCAUCGUCUCCCAGCUGCUGACGCUCAUGGACGGCCUCAAGGCGCGGGCGCACGUCAUCGUCAUGGGCGCCACCAACCGCCCCAACAGCAUCGACCCCGCCCUCAGGCGGUUCGGCAGGUUCGACCGCGAGAUCGACAUCGGCGUGCCGGACGAGGUCGGCCGCCUUGAGGUGCUGCGCAUCCACACCAGGAACAUGAAGCUCACCGAGAACGUCGACCUCGAGGUCGUCGCCAAGGACACGCACGGCUACGUCGGCGCCGACCUCGCCGCCCUGUGCACCGAGGCCGCCCUGCAGUGCAUCAGGGAGAAGAUGGACGUGAUCGACCUCGACGACGAGACGAUCGACGCGGAGAUUCUCAAUUCGAUGGCCAUCACCAACGACCACCUCAAGACUGCCCUCGCCGGCACCAACCCGUCGGCUCUACGCGAGACCAUGGUCGAGGUGCCCAACGUCAGCUGGGCGGACAUUGGCGGCCUCGAGGGCGUCAAGCGGGAGCUUCAAGAGACCGUGCAGUACCCCGUGGAGCACCCGGACAAGUUCGAGAUGUUCGGCAUGUCCCCUUCCAAGGGCGUGCUCUUCUACGGGCCCCCCGGCUGCGGCAAGACGCUGCUGGCCAAGGCGAUCGCCAACGAGUGCCAGGCCAACUUCAUCAGCGUCAAGGGCCCCGAGCUGCUGACCAAGUGGUUCGGCGAGAGCGAGGCCAACGUGCGCGAGAUCUUCGACAAGGCGCGCCAGUCCGCGCCGUGCGUCCUCUUCUUCGACGAGCUCGACUCGAUAGCGACACAGAGGGGCGGCAGCGUGGGCGACGCCGGCGGCGCCGGGGACAGGGUCCUCAACCAGAUGCUCACGGAGAUGGACGGCAUGAACGCCAAGAAGACGGUGUUCGUCAUCGGCGCCACCAACCGGCCGGACAUCAUCGACCCGGCGCUGCUCCGCCCCGGCCGCCUCGACCAGCUCAUCUACAUCCCGCUGCCGGACGAGGCAUCGCGGCACCAGAUAUUCAAGGCGUGCCUGAGGAAGUCCCCCGUCGCCAAGGACGUCGACCUCGGCGCGCUGGCCAAGUUCACGGCGGGCUUCAGCGGCGCCGACAUCACGGAGAUUUGCCAGAGGGCGUGCAAGUACGCCAUCCGCGAGGACAUCGAGAAGGAGAUCGAGCGGGAGAGGCAGGCCAGGCCGGAGGACAUGGCGGUGGACGGCGCCGAGGACGAGGAGCCGGCGCAGAUCAAGGCCGUCCACUUUGAGGAGUCGAUGAGGUUCGCGCGGAGGAGCGUCAGCGAUGCGGACGUCCGCAAGUACCAGGCGUUCGCGCAGACGUUGCAACAGUCGCGGGGAUUCGGUAGCGAGUUCCGCUUCUCCAAGCAGCCCCAGGCUGCGGAGGCUGCUGCGACGGCCGACGCUGACGCCGAGGAUGACCUUUACAGCUAAUCCAUGUACUAUAGGCUGGCAAUUAGCAUAGAAUCUGCUAUUUUCUUAUUGAUUUUUUCUGCACUCAU